AUGUUCUUCCAACCGAUACCAACUGAAGAUAAAAUCACUUUCACGAAUAAAGAAGGUAAACACGAAACUGGCACCAAAAUCAGGUUAAGAAAUGGUUUCUGUCACGAAGUUUUAACAUCGGUUGAUAUUCAAGAAAUAGUUAAAGCCGGUGGACGAAUUAUUAGAAUAUUAGAAAAUUUUAAAACUCCACCAUAUAGAGAUUAUAUUUUAAUUUUAAGAGAUCUUAGAAAUAAAUAUAAACGAGAAGGUAAUAUUGUGGGUAGUAAUUGCAUGAAAUUAUUAGGUAAUUCCCUGUAUGGUAAAUCAAUUGAGAAAGAUAUAUUCACAACUAAACAUUUAUGGAAUGAAGCAACUUUACAGGCUAACUUUGAUUCACAUAUCAAAACCUAUGAGAAAAUUAAUGAUAGUCAAUAUAUUGUUGAAACAGAAAUUGAAGAAAAAGAGAUUACUGCUGAAGAUAUGGAUAAAACAAGUCAGUUACAAAAUUUAAUAUCUAAAUUAGACGAUAAGAUUACGAAGGUAAAAAUAGACGUCCAACGUUUAAUAGACAACCCAAAUGUAAACGAGGGUAGAUUGAAACGAAAACUAACCGCUUUGGAAAGAAAACUUGGCGAAUUGCUAGCAGAACUAGACAAGACCGCGGACAAAACCGAGUUACAAAAUUCGAUAUCCAAUUUGAACGAAAAGAUCGCGAAGCAAAAAUCAGAUGUUCAAGAUAUAAUUAACACCCUUCCCAUUGACAAAGAUACGUUGAAACGACAAUUGACUGCUUUGGAUACUAAAAUCACGGACGAAUUAGAAAAAGAAGUGGGUGUGAUUAAAAACUUUCUUCAAAAUAAAUUUCGAGAUGAUAUGAAAAAUUAUAUUAAAGAACAGGUCAAUCUUUUGGUAUCUAGAAUUCAUGACGAUUUUUUGAGACAAGAGAAAAAGUUGAGCAAAUUAGAAGCUAUUGUCACGGACAAAUCGUAUUAUUUCAAUCUUCCAUUCGAAAGUGACACUGUCUUCAAUAGAAAAGACCAAAUUUAUAAAUCAAACAAAUACGGAUUCAAAGCAGAAAUAAAAGUGGGUUCUCUCGUAUACGGAGAACCUAAAAACGUAUUCGAUAUCGGCGAAACGGAAGCGUUUACUUUUCGAGGUGGAAAAUACACCUCGAUCGAUGUUCAUAAAAGUCAACAAGAAAGAGAGUUUAUAGUACAUUUAUCUUUUGCCGAAGGUUCCGACUCCAUCUUUGAAGGUGGUGGUUUUAUUUCUAGAGCCAAGAUAAACAUCGAAAAAGAAAAAAGAAAAUAUUCCUAUCAUCUUAACCAGGACCAUACGAAAGAAGAAAUGUCGUUAGUACGCGUAAAUGUUUUUACUUUUAAUACCCGCAAAUAUAAUAAUGCCAGGCCAAACAAGCACGCUAUAUACGAUAUCAUUUAUGGUUCCAUUUAUCGGAAAUUCACUUAA